CCGGCGCUCGGAGGAAAUGAAGGCGAGUUCCGCCGAGGCGGGAGCCAUUACCCGCCGCCGGACCUGAGCCCCCCCUCCCGCCGCCGCCGGGGCCCCGCUCCGCGCCCCCCGCGCCCCGCACGCCCGUCCCGGCGCAGGUGCCCUCGAGCCGGGCGAGGCGAUGCGGUGCGCCCGUGCCGCGUGCUGUGCCGAAGCGGCUCUUUAGAUCCUCCCCGGCCCAAGCCUCCCCUGCCAUGGAUGCCUCCGGGGCUCUUGCUUCGGCUCCCUCCUCCGCGGCUCCCUCGGGCUCCCGCAGCCCCAUGUUCCCCCCAGGAGCCGACAGAGAGGAGUGGGGACCGAGGUUCAAUUGUGCCCCUUCCACCUCUGCCGCAGCCUCGCAGGCGAUGCCAGCGUCUGGCCGGAAGAGGAAGGCCAACUUCUCCAAUGACGAGACCGAGACGCUGGUCUGGAAUGUGGUCCGGCAUUUCAGCGCCCUGUACGGGUCCGAGGCCCUGCGGGCUCACCCCGUGCGGCGGAAGCAGCUCUGGACCCAAAUCCAAAGCCGCGUCAACUUCCUGGGCUACACCGAGCGCUCCAUCGACGACCUCAAGCACAAGUGGCGCGACCUGCGGCUGGACGUCAAGAAGAAAAUCACCUCCAAGAAGCACCUGCCCAUGAACCGCGCCGGGGGGCCGCUCCACAAGCCGCGCCUCACGCCCCUGGAGAAGAUGGUGGCUUCCACCUUCCUGCAGGCCAGCCACGACUCGGAGCCCGAGAUCAUCCUGGACCCAGCUGAGGCCACAUCCUCUGUGUCCCACAGAUCUGUUCUUCCCCGGCGUGCGUCCAAGCAGCCCUUCAUGCACCUGCAGCCCGGCGUGAGCCACCCCAGCAUCUACAUCGACACCAACGGGCAGCCCUCGGCCCUGCCCGACGUGGAGGGCUCGGCCGCGCCGCGCCUGCCGGGACAGAGCCCCGACCCCGCCGGCGGCUGCGAGUACCGAGCAGACGGGCAGGGCGGCUCCGCCGAGUCGGGACCGGAGCUGCGCACUCCAGACGCGUCGGCCAUCUCCCCGUCCCUGCGAAACGAGUCCCUGGUCUCCUACGCCUCCAUGUCGGAGGAGGAGGAACGGGAAGGCCGGGAGGUGGAGAGGGGCCACGGUGGGGCCGCGGGGAUGCAGCCGGGGCCCGAGGCCCCCAUGUCAGCGGAGGAGGACAUGAAACUGUCCCGCCAGGCCAUGCUGAUCCGCCGGUGCAGCUCCCAGGGCUCCGUCACUUCCCUGCCCGAGGACUCCCUCAACCCCGCGGACGCUCACUCGGACUGGGGGCACGAGGGCGUGUCCGACCUGCCCGCCCUGGGCCGCGGGCUCGACUCGGCGCAUCCCGAGGAGCAGGCGGGCGGCCCGGGCCCGGAGAUGGGCGCCUUGCCCAGGGUACUGAUGGGGCCCACCUGGGAGAAGGCUCCGGCGGAGGAGGAGCCCCCGGCCCGCUCCCCGCUGCACGGCGCCCUGACCGAGGAGUCGCUGCCCUCCUCCGCCUCCCCGCCCGGAGACGCCCCGGCCGCCGCCCGGCCCGCCCGCGGGCUGGGCUGCUCCCCGCCUGCGCGAGACCGCCGCGAGAGCUGGAGGACUAGCAUCCAUCACCUGCUCGACCUGGAGGAGCAGUGGGACCAGCUGUACCACCAGGAGCUGGCCAUGUGGCAGGAGGAACGGGCCACCCAGCGCGGACGGGCCCGCGACCGGGAGCUGCAGUUCCGCCUGCUCGGCGUCCUCACGGACAUCCGCGGCGAGCUGCGCUACCUGCGCCAGGAAGCGCGCCGCCGCCCGCCAGAGCCCGGCCCCGCCGCCCCGAGCCCGCCCGCGGCCCCAGCCCGCUCCUCGAGCAGCCCAAAGCCGAGCCCAGCUUCCCCGAGCCGCCCGGCGGGGCGCCGCCUGGGCAGACACCGCCGUGCCCAGCCGGAGCCCUUUUCGCUAGGGACGGGCGGGAGCCGCUCCGCCACGGACACCGAGUGCCCGCGGCCGCCCCGGGGACGGCGUGGCGGUGACGCGGCGGCACCCGGACGGAUCCCCGAGAAGGGGCGGAGGGCGCGGGCGGCCGGGCGCUGCCCCGGCGGGCUCCGAGCGCUCGGGGCGGGUCCCCGCGGGUCUGAGGCACGGCAGCACCCCGAGGUGACGCCGCCGGGCCCGCGGGGGACGCGUGUGACAGCGCGGCCUGGCCUGACGGCGCCAGUCCAGUAG